GGAAGCUGCUGUCGCGAUGCCUGGGAAGUCGACUUUGGCAAUUCUGCUGAUGCUUCUCUGCUGUGCUGGCUGCGGAUUCUGCGGGAAGGUCCUGGUAUGGCCCUGUGACAUGAGCCAUUGGCUUAAUCUCAAGUGCAUUCUGGAGGAACUCAUAGAAAGGGGUCAUGAAGUAACUGUGUUAACCCAACAUCAGACUAUUCUCAUUGAUUAUAAGAAGACUUCUGCAAUGAAAUUUGAGGUGGUCUAUAGAAGAUCCACGACAUCAUGUGAGAUUCUGGGGAAAGCUGAAAUGUGGCUAAUAAGAACAUAUUGGGAUUUUGACUACCCUCAACCACACUUACCUAAUUUUGAGUUUGUUGGAGGAUUGCAUUGCAAACCAGCCAAACCUUUACCCAAGGAAAUGGAAGAAUUUGUCCAGAGCUCAGGUGAAGAUGGUGUUGUGGUAUUUUCUCUGGGAUCGGUUGUCCAAAACCUUACAGAAAAAACAAACAAUCUCAUUGCUUCAGCCCUUGCCCAGAUUCCACAGAAGGUUCUAUGGAGAUUUGAUGGCAAGAAACCAGACACCCUAGGACCCAAUACUCGGCUGUACAAGUGGUUGCCCCUGAAUGACCUUCUUGGUCAUCCAAAAACCAAGGCUUUUAUAACUCAUGGUGGAGCCAAUGGCAUCUAUGAGGCCAUCUGCCACGGGAUCCCUAUGGUGGGCAUUCCUUUGUUUGCGGAUCAGCCAGACAACAUUGCUCACAUGAAGACCAAGGGAGCAGCUGUUAGAGUGGACUUCAACACAAUGUCAAGUACAGAUUUGCUCAAUGCUUUGAAGACAGUCAUUAGUCACCCUAUAUAUAAAAAGAGUGUUAUCAAAUUAUCAAGAAUUCAUCAUGACCAGCCAAUGAAGCCUCUAGAUCGAGCAGUCUUCUGGAUCGAGUUUGUCAUGCGCCACAAAGGAGCCGAACACCUUCGGGUUGCAGCCCACGACCUCACCUGGUUCCAGUACCACUCUCUGGAUGUGGUUGGGUUCCUGCUGGCCUGUGUGGCAACUGCUAUAUUCCUCAUCACAAAAUCUUGUCUGUUUUUUUGCCGGAUGUUUGCUACAGCAGGAAAAAAGGAAAAAAGGGAAUAA